AUGGGAGUGACCGAAAAUGACAGGGUGGCAUGUGCCACGUUUCAGUUCCAGGAAGACGCCCUGGUGUGGUCGGAGAUGGUGUCCCUCACACGGGACGUCACUAGAAUAACCUCGGAAGAAUUCGAAGAUUUGUUUAAUGCUAAAUAUUACAAUGAGGCAGUUCGCAGUGCAAAGCGGAAAGAGUUUGUUGAGCUAGUACAGGGUGAGAAUAUGUCAGUGAUCAAGUAUACGACCAAGUUUGACCGCUUGGCCAAGUUGGCCUCCAGGAUUGUGCCUACGGACUUCAAUAAAAAGGAAAAGUACUUGGUGGGGUUGAACGCCAAGAUUAGGCAUGAUCUCGUUAUUACCACCAAUGGUACUAUGACCUAUGCUAAAAUGGUUGACAAGGCUCUUCGAGCUGAAGGAGCGGUAAAGUUUUUGCAAGAAACUCGAGAGGCUCCUAGUCCUGGUGGGACCACUACUCUCCCUAUCCCUGGUCUUGGCAAGGAGAGCGGUGAUUUCAUUAUUGAACCAUUGAAGAGAAUUUUCCCAACUACAGGGAGCUCGGGUGAAACGACGAGGGUACUUAAUCAACUUGGUAGGCGUAGUGAUGUUUUUGACAUGAGAAUUGAUGAUCUGUUUGACCAACUUCCGGGUAAAACAGUUUUCUCCAAGAUUAAUUUGAGAUCUGGCUAUCAUCAACUGAGAAUCCAGGAAGAAGACAUUCCGAAGAUAGUUUUCCGAAAUAUGUAUGGCCAUUAUGAGUUCCUAGUUAUGUUGGUCGGGUUAACGAACGCUCCAAUAGCCUUUAUGGAUCUCAUGAAUAGGUUAUUGAAGGAUUUCCUUGAUAACUUUGUUAUUAUGUUUAUCCAUGAUAUCCUUGUAUACUCUCGGUCAGAAGCAACAAAUGAACAACAUCUUCGUAUGGUUCUGAAAGAUGGAAUUAUGGUAGACCCAGGGAAAAUUGAAACAGUGAAGAACUGGCCUAGGCCAAAAAAAAUUACAGAAGUACGGAGUUCUCUCAACUUAGCGUGUUAUUAUCGGCGUUUCGUGGAAGGAUUCUCUAAGAUUGCAAUGCCAUUGUCUAAACUAACUAGAAAGAAUCAGUGA